GUUUGGUUUGGACACUGGGGGUUAUGUGCUCUGACUGGUGGGGUCCACCUAGGGCCACGUAGUCAAGAGUCAACUGUCCACGACUCGACCGGUGACUGUGUGACCGUGCUCGACUCGACCGUGCUGGACUGGGCGAGCGGCGCCGCCGUAAGCAUCUUCUCCGGCAGAGGCAGCGGUUUCUUCUCCGCGGUGGUGGAGCGCAUUUCUCGGCAGCGGCAGAGCUAUUGCGAAAUCUCGAUUGGAUCCGGGGGCUGUUUCUUCUCCGCGGCCCGGUGGUGGAGCACCUUUCUCGGCAGCGGCUAUUGCGAAAUCUCGAUUGGAUAGGAGCGCGGGGGCUGAAUGAGAUGGAGCGAGGAGACAGUGCUUCAAAUCGGGGAGGUUCAGGUUCUGCCACCACAUUCGCAAUUAUAGUGGAAUUUUUUCCCUGUAAAGCCAAGCUCAGUGAUGGCAGUGUCCAAGACAUUGAUAGAGAUACCACCGUGAGGUUGGAUGUCGAAUUUGCAGAUGUUGAUCCCCAGGAAUUGGAGAGCAUGAAGGAGAAGGCCGUGGGCAAUUUGGUGGAGAGAAUUGGGGAGAGUAUUGUUUGGGGUCCAGAACAAGAGGUAUCUCUGCAACGUUUCGAUAACUAUAAUGGUGAAUAUGUGAGAAUUGAAGAUGGAGAAUCCAUGGUUGCUGAAAUUGAUCAGCAAGAAGGGUGGGCAAGCAAACAAGUAACAUUUUAUGCAGAGCUAAUUGAUCUGCAAACUCAUUCCAGAGUUGGUUAUGUGCCAUCAAAGAUGGCUGCACAGGUGGAAGAUGAUGAGUGGGUUUCACAAAAGAAGAUGUUGGCAUUGUUGACUGAACCGACUGUAGUAGCUGAAGAUACAGGGAUUGAUGCAGAUGGAGAGGAGGGAACCCAUGGUGCUAGGAAGAUUGUUGUUGACUGGAAUGUAGUAGAGUUGAAUGAAAAAACAGAUUUGGUCAUUACACCAAUAUCUGACAUUGAUAUGGCCGAAAUGUUUGGCAUUCAAGUUGAUGACAAAGAUAAGGAGAAGGAUGACAGUUCUUUGCCUGCUGAUGGUAACACAGGCCCUAGAAAUGCAAAUGAGGAUGAAGAAGAGCUGAUGAGAGAGGCUGCAGAUGAUGUGGAUGAUGCAGAUGAUAAUGAGCUGGUUUGUUUGUAUGACAAAGAGAACCCAGUUAUUGAGGUGGGAAAGUUGUGGCCAAGCAUGAAGGAGUUUAGGAUGUCUUUCAGGACCUAUGCAGUGAAAAAAGAGUUUGAUGCCAAGACUAUGUGGACUGAUCGAAAGAAAUUUUAUGCUCGGUGCAAAGGUUAUGAUGGUGGUGGCAAUCCUUGCAAAUGGUACUUGUCUGCCAGACUACAACCUGAUGGAAGUACAGCGCUAGGGCAAUCUGAAACUGUUGCAGAUGAAGCAACUGUUGUGCUGCCAUGCGAAUCUGCUUUGACAGCUGUGUUGCCAUGUUUGGAGGUUGUGCUGCCAAGUGUUGAGUUGCAAACUGAAGCAGCAGUGUCGCACGGCAGUUAUUUUUUCCAACGCAGAUGUCGCAUGAGAGCUAUUUGA